AUGAGUUUUUGUCGACAAAAAUACGAACAAAAACAGGUCGAUCGAAGGUAUAAAAACUUUGAACCCAUUUUUAUUAGCAAAGGAAUGAACCGCAUAUACCCACUUAACACAACACCAUUCGGGGUCUCUUUACACGAAAAACACAUCCUCGAAUGCUUUACUGGUACAGAAGAAGUAUAUUCAACUUUUACAUUUAAGUUAUUCCAAAAGGGCAUAUUUUACAGACAGUUCACUAUGAGCGAAGAAAACACAACAAUCUAUUCAACUUCAUGUAUGACUCAACACUCAAACUGUUUCACUCUUUUCGAUAAUAAGAAGAACCCCGUCGCAUCUAUAUUGAAGGUUGAUAAUCUCUAUAAGGUGUUUUCAGAGAGAAAUGUUUUGACUGAAGUUACUGUCAAAGGUGGUGUAGUCUUGAGUACAAAAUUGUUUGUCUCGAACAAUAAAAGUGGGUUAUGUUAUGUUAAUAAAGCCCCACUCUGCAUUGACAAUAAAGAGUACUUAGACUUCUCUGUCCCGACUCUCCCUUCUUUUAAAAACAUUCAACUCGUUUCCCCAAGAAAAUACUCUGAAGUUGUGUUUGAAAUGGCAAAACAAAAGUCGUUUUAUCAUGUUAGUGCAGAUGCCGUAUUUACACCUUUACAAGCAUUUGCCAUUGCCGUUAUAAAGGGAUAUGAGACAUACCUCUCACAAUCUGUCUGUCUGUAA